AUGCAGGAUCGCUUCUCAGAUGACGACCUUCUCGAACCCCUCCACGACAGAUGCUACACCCAACGCUACAAUCCAGGACCAUGUCAUCGAGAAGAGAUGCUAGUGCCCUAUGAUUCUUGCGCAAUCGUAGGCCCAUCAACAAUUGAGGUCCUCGACUCGCGCAAACCACAUGACCAUUUCCCUGGACAGCGCUUCGCGGUUAGCCGCGAGGGUGAUGACCAGAAAGUCAAGUCUAUGAUAACAUUCCAGCCUUUGAUGAGCGGGGAAAAGACCUGCACGCUCGCGAUUGAGAUUCCUGCCAUGCCAGAAGGUCAGUAUGCUCAGGGCUCGACUACAAUGGAGGUUUGGGCGGUCGAUCGCCCUGAGAAGCCGACGUGGGAUAACCAGCCCGACAAGGACCAGACUGUUGGAAAGGCCACCUUUCCUACGUGGGAAGUGCAACAGGGUUGGUUGCAGCGUUUUAUGCCUCUUGACUGUGAAAAGCAGAUGAGCUACAUGGUCGAGCUGAGCCUUCCCAAGGGCGAUGGGGAUGUGCGCUUUUGGAAUCAGUUAAUGGGGAAACAAGGGGCGCCACCAAUUGGCUGGAGAAUGCUUCAGGGCGGAUGUUAG